CCGAAAACAGAGCUUCAAUGAGCAAAAAGCAAUGACUUCUCCAAGAUUGUUACCCAGAAAGCAUGGAGGAGAUCUGGGCGAAAGGGCUUCCGCUGGUAACAACCAGAACAAAACAACGACAGACACGAAGGGUGGGUGAUCGAAAAGCAAGGGAAGACAAGGUACGCUUAAAGGGUAGUAUGUCUAUUUCGGAUGGGGAUAUUGUAAAUAGAAAUAGGGUGAUCCAAAGGGAGAUGAAUUUGUAUGAGGUGUGCCGGAUGAUGAGGAUGGGAAAGAGGUUGGGUAUCCAAUUUGAAGAUAAUGAUGAGGAAUUACAAUCUAGGUUGAUAGAGGCAGAGGAUAGAGAAAGGGCAGGGAGGAGAGACGGGUUGGGGGGUUUGGGUGGGAUGGUGAAGAGGAAGGAAGUGGGAAAGCUGGCCUCAUUUGGAGCAUUAGGGGGUCUGCUAUGUCUAUGGGACAGACGGCAUUUUGUUAAGCGGGAAGAGUUUACAGGUGAUGGGUAUGUGGGAAUAUUGGGGGAAUGGGGAGUAAAUAAACAAGAGUGUAGCCUAAUAAAUGUGUACGGCCCAAAUGAUAGACAGAAGAGGGCUAAGUUGUGGGAGGAGCUGAGGAAGAGGGUGAUUGACAAGGAAGGGCGGUGGUUGAUUGCAGGGGAUUUUAAUGCUGUUAAAGGUCCUGAGGAGAGGCGAGGGAAAACAGGGGUGAGUUCAGAUAUGAGGGAUUUUGAGGAGUUCAUUGUGACAACAGGCUUGGUGGAUGUUAAAUUGACGAAUAGACGCUAUACAUGGUAUAAGGCAGAUGGAACAGCAAGGAGUAGACUGGACAAAUUCUUGUUGAGUAUUGAGAUGAAUAAUAUGGGAGGAGAAUGGAUUCAGCAGGGGCUGCCAAGAAACAUUUCUGAUCAUUGUGUAAUGGUUUUGAAGUGUAAAUCAACAGAUUGGGGACCAAGGCCUUUUAGAGUCUUAGAUGCAUGGCAACAACAUCUAGAAUUCAAGAAGGCUGUAGAAGAUAAGUGGAGAGAGAUGGCAGUGGAGGGGUUUGCAGGGCAAGAAGGCUUCUCUGAGAUGGGGGAUGUUUUGAGAAAAAGGGAACUAAUCUGGAAGCAGAAGUCAAGGAGUAGGUGGAUACGAGAGGGUGAUGCGAAUACCCGUUUCUUCCAUAAUGUGGCUAAUGGGAGAAGGGCUCAAAAUAAUAUUGCAGGCUUAAUGCGUGAUGGGGUGUGGAUUGAAGAUCCAGAAGCAGUCAAAAAUGAAAUUGUCAAAUAUUUCAGAAGUUUGUUCCAAGGUGACCCAUGGAAUAGACCCAAGCCCGACGCGAAGGUAUUGGCUAAUAGAUUGAAAUCGGUGAUGUCAAAAAUAGUGAGUGAAACUCAAUCUGCUUUUGCGGGGGGCCGCCAAUUGGUUGAUAGUGUAUUGGUGCUGAAUGAAGUAGUAGAUGAGAUAAAGAACAGGAAACAGCCAGCUUUUGUAUUUAAGGUAGAUUUUGAAAAGGCAUAUGACUGUGUGGAUUGGUCCUUUUUAGACUGGAUGAUGGAUAGUUUUGGGUUUGGAACAAAGUGGAGAGGAUGGAUUAUGGAGUGCCUUUCAACGGCGAGAACUUUGAUUUUGGUAAAUGGAAGCCCGGCAAGGGAAUUUGAGGUAGGUAAAGGAUUACGUCAAGGGGAUCCUUUAUCUCCUUUUCUUUUUUUGAUGAUCGGUGAGGGGUUACAAGGCUUGUUCGCCGAUGAUACAAUAAUUAUGGGCAGAGCGGAUGCUGAGAAUAUACGAAUGGUGAAUGAUGUUUUAAGAUGGUUUGAACUCAUGUCUGGAUUGCGAAUAAAUUUUAACAACAGCAGUAUCUAUGGCUAUAAUGUGUCGGAAGGAUGGUUAAAGGGAUCAGCGGGAAAGUGGUGGUAUAGGUUAGGUGAUGGGGUUGAGAACUUAUGGAAAAGGGUGGUGAGGGAAAAAUAUUAUGGAGGUAGGAGCGAGGUUGAUAUUACAGCGGUUGAGGGUGCGAGGGUGUCAAAGCUGUUGAGGGAUAUUAUUAGAAUGGGGGGUCAAUCUUCGAGAUUAAGGAAUAUGCUGGUGAAGGGCUUCAAGUGGGAAGUGGGUGAGGGAAAUAAGAAUGAGGGUAGAUGGUGUUGGCGUGUUGAGUGGAGGAGAGGUACUAUAGGGCGUGAGAAGGAUGAGGAGGUGGUGCUGGAGAAGAUGCUGGAGGGUGUUCAAGUGAAGGAGGGGAUUGGGGAUGUUUGGAAGUGGAGGCAUGCGAUGGAUAACAGAUAUGUUGUAAAGACAGCCUACGACUAUUUAGAUUCUAUGGAAGGUGUACUAGAGGACCAGAUGUGUAAAUUAAUAUGGUGCAGGUUGGUGCCAUCCAAAGUUGCCUUUUUUGGGUGGCGAUUGUGUUUAAAUAGGCUUCCAACAAAGGAAAAUCUUCAAAAGCGUGGGGUACAAUUGCAGGAGGAAGAGGUGUUGAAUUGGUGGGGUUUGGAGAGUGUUUUGCCCAAUACAGUUGUGGGAGUGGCAGAUUUUUUCAUAAAUGAGUUGGGCAGAACAGUAGGAAAGGAGAUGGGCUCUUGUAUUUUUCUGGCAGUUGCUUGGUAUGUAUGGUAUGGAAGGAAUACUCAGGUAUUUCGAGAAGAUGAAGGAAUUCCAGAGAAAAUGCUAGAAAGGGUGCAAGUAAAAACCUUUUUAUGGUUAAAGGCUAAAGUGAAUGGAUGCGUUUUUUCCUUUUAUGAAUGGCAAGUUUGUCCGAUGGAAUGUGCAAAGUCUGUCAAACGGCAUAAAAGGAUGAGGAAGCAAUCCUCGAAGGCUGUAGUGGCCCCUAGCUAAUGGGGGGGAGGUUCACAAUCUGCUCUUUUCGUCUGCUGUAUGGGUUCUGAAGAACAUGGUGUUGAUUGGGUUUGUAGGCUGUCAUAAGCGGCAGGAAAUGGCUUAGUUUUAUUUCCUUCUCCUGUAGAUUUCCUGAUGGCUGUCUUGAGCUUUUGUGUUUUUGAUUGAUGUAGGUAAAUUGGGUUGUGUAUCUUGAUUUCACCGGACUGUAUUUUGUUUUGGGAGCAUUUCUUAUGCUCCUUCUCUAAUAUAUAUCGUAAGUUGCU